AUGAUUCAAAACAGAGUACUAUUGACUUGCUCAAGACUGAUCACUCCAACAUCCAGAAAUGUGCUUGUUGGAUCAUUGUCACAAAGAGGACUGAUAUCAGGUUACACUUUGAACAACACAACUACCUCUCAAUUGCAACAACAACAACAGAUCAGGAACUACGCAACAUUCGGCGAGAAACAGUUUCAAAAGAUCAAGGCCAAGCGUGAUGAGGCAGCACGUUUGUUGAAGGAGGAAGCCGAGCAGAAGUUCAUUGAAGAGAACAAGGUCUCGAUCGAAACACUCUCAUUCGAGGAGGCGUUGCAGAACCUCAAGGGCAAGUUGUUAAAGUACAAGGUGGUCAGCGCCCCACACAUGGCCACGCUGUUCAAGAAGGUCACGACCAGCGAGCAAUUGGACGAGGCUCUGCUCUUCUACAAGUCACUCAAGAACGACGACCCCAAAUACUUCAACGGCAACCACCUCUCACAGAUCUACUACGCCGCAGACCGGUGCGGCCAGUGGAAGAUGUGGGCAGACAUCGUCUCCAACCCACACACCUUCCAGAUGUUCCCCUCGCAUCUCUCCGUCGCCAAGACUAUCUACCAGCUGCUGCGCAAUGGUGACACGGACAAGGCCAUCGAGUUGUUCAAGUACCAUCAAAAGUUGAACAAGAUCACCAAACACUUCAUCUCUGCCUUGGCCCGUGGUCUGAACAAGACCAAACAAUCGCUCGCUGCAGUCCCACUGCUGCAAGCGAUCGAGACCACCAACGUCCACUCCGGUUUGAUCAAAGAUAUCCUCCGUGAAUCCAUCAAACAAGGAAACACUGAGCAGGUAUUGGCCGAUAUUGGACGCUUCAUCCAGGUCGUUUUCGAUAAUACCUCUGACAAGAUCAUUUGCCCGGGCGUCGUCUAUGCCGCGCAAAUGGCCUCGGGCAACAACGCUCUGGUCCUGCCAUCACAAGUUGAAGUCAACGAGAAGAUCGUUGAUGUUGCCGCCAAGACCAUCCUUCAGAAGCUCAAGGAGAUCUCGCCAGAGGCUCAACAGACAUUGAUCGAGAACGUCAAGAAUUACUUUGGUGGCGAUGCCAAUGUACCCAAGACAAUCCUGCCAGUUCUGGAAAUCCAACAACAAGAGCCAGAGAAGCAACAAGAGUCGAAGGAAGAUGAGGAGGAGGAGAAGGAGGAGAAGCAGUAA